AUGCCAGAAAUAGGUUCAUGUACUGAUGAAACAUGUAAUGAUGAACUUAAAGAAUUAUAUGAAUGUCAUUGUUGUUUACGUCUUGUUUGUUUACAUCAUUUGAAUGGACAUGUUGAAAUAACAAAACAAAAUAAACAACGAACAGAUAGUCUUCGUCAAGAAUUAAAUACAAUUGUAAAUACACUACAAUUAAUAAUUGUCGAAAAAUUAUCAACUAUUAAAUGCGAACAAAAUUUAAUUGAACAAGCAAAACAAAUUCUUGAUGUAUCCAGUAGUUCAAUGGAUGAAUUAGAAGAUAUUUUCGAAAAAAUUAAUCAAACAAUAGCAUUAAAUCGUUCAGAUAUUGCAGAAGAAUCGGAAAUUUCAAAAGAUAAUGAAUACUCAAUGGAUAUCAAUCAUGAUUUUGUUGAAACUAUUACACUUGAUGACACAGAAGAAUCUAUUCAGGAUGAGCAUGUAAAUGAUAAAACGAAGAAACGUAAACGAAAAUCAUGCAGAAAAAUUUAUGCUAAAUGUCCAUUAACAUUUGAUGGAGCAUAUGGUCUUACGAAAACAAAUCAUUCUAUUGAAUUUUGUGAACAUAAAACAACUCGUCGAAUCGAAUUAUAUUUUCACUUCCUUUACACACAUCAAUUGAAAAAAGUUUGUGCUGAACGUUUGAUACGAGCGGUUGCCGAUCAUAAAGAUUCUAGAAUAACAAAAUUAUUUGAUGAAAAUGAAGAUGUGAUUAAUCAUUCUUAUAAAGUUUCAUGUCCUUUUUUUCAUGGACAAGUUAAUUCAUUAAAAUAUAAUGGAGAAAAUGUUAUCAUUCCACCAUGUCAACGUCGUUUUGUUACAUUUCAUAAAUUAGCAUAUCACUUACGACUUAGUCAUAAGAUUUCUGAGUCAUUGGCACGACAAUUAGUUGAUGAUUUGAAAAAAAAAUCGGAUAGAAAAUGA